AUGAGAAAUCUUCGCGUCUUGGCACCUUGGGGUCUUCUGAUCAUCUGUGGAUUGAUCGACCAGAGCCAUUCCCUGCCUGUGCCUGGCUUAGGAAAUGACGUGGCGGAGUCGAUAGUUAGAGACGUGAAGGGUGAUGAAACUUCCACACCAGCUCAAGAGGAAGUUUGGCAACAAGUAAGCAGCAGAUCAAGCCGUAGAAAACAAAAAUACGUAGUGAAGAACACAACUCUGAAAGAGAUUGAGGACAACCCUCUUGAAGAGGAUGAAAAGUUUCCUGAAGGAGCUGGGCAGAACACAUUUCCUUCGACAGAUUCAUCAUCUGCAUCCGACAAGACAUCUAAAACCAACCCAAUGAUUCAUAGAGAUCUCACAUCGGCUCAGGAGGAACUUUUAAAAAACAUGAGCGGUGCUUUACUCCGUAGAAGAAGAAAAAGAGCAAGGAAGGCAGCUCUCAAAAAGAUUGCAGAAAACACUCCAGAAGAAGGUGAAAAGUUUCUUGAAGGAGCUGAGCAGAACACUCUUCAAAAGCUGGCACCAACUUCAAAUGAAAUAAUGGAACAAGAAAGCACUGGGUUACGUCUCAGAAGAAAAAACCUUAGGCGGGUGAAGAAGGCACCUGUUAGAGAGAUUGAAGACAGCCCUCCUGAAGAGGUUGAAGAGGAAAUUGCAGAUCAACACCCUGUUGCAACUGCAUUUAAGAGAAUUGUGAUAUAUUAUCUGUUAGGUUACCAAUCAAUGAUGGGAAAUAGUUUUGGUCAAAGGGUUGGGAAUGAUCCAUUUGCACGGUUCUUUUGA